AUCCGACUGGUUCGAUCCCUCCCCGCAUAACCAAUGGAAGGCUUACUGUAGAAACAUUUGAAGAAAGAGCAGUGGAACUCCCUUGUGCUGCACAAGGUUAUCCUGUGCCCAUUUAUAGAUGGUACAGGAACGAAGAUAGUCAGCUUAUACCGGUUCAUUUAGGGGAAAGAAUGUUUCAAAUAGAUGGAACGCUAUUCAUUUCAAGAACUAUACAGCAAGAUAGUGGAAAAUACGUAUGCGUUGUAUCAAAUAAUGUCGGUGAAGAAAGAACAGAAACAGUUCUUUCUGUUAAAGGCAACUUGUCAGUCUGGUUACAUCCUGAUCCUUUAACGGUCGAAGCCGGAAGAUCAGUGACUUUCAACUGCUCGAUAACCGGUUAUCCAAUCAAUUCUGUGAUCUGGUUAAAAGAUCAAAGACAUCUGUUACCCAACACUAGAAUUCGUCUAAUAUCUAAUCGUUUGUUGCACAUCACUUCUGUUCAGAGAUCAGACCAAGGAAUGUAUCAAUGUUUUGUAUAUAACGAAUGGCAGUCAGCACAAGGAACGGCGCAACUAACCUUAUCAGAAGAUGCUCCACACUUUUCUUUCACUUUUUCUAAGAAGAUAUUAGCUCCAGGUAGAAGAUUGGCUCUUAGAUGUACAGCAAUUGGAAAUCCAUUACCAAGAGUAACAUGGACACUAGAUAACAAAGCAAUUCCAGAAAAUCACCGUGUGCAAUAUGGAGACUUUGUUAGUGUAUCGAGCGAAGUUGUCAGUUUUGUCAACAUUAGCAGCGUUAUGAGGGAAGACGGUGGCGUAUAUCAAUGUAAAGCUCAAAAUGAUGCUGGUUAUGUUGUUCACGCUGAAAGAAUAGAUAUCAUCGGACCACCUUAUAUUAGACCAAUGGGAAACAUUACUGUAGUAGCUAAAGAGACUCUGUUGUAUAGAUGCCCUGUAUCGGGCUAUCCAACACCAUCUGUGAUCUGGAAGAAAG